AUGUCUCACAACAACACGACCGUGUUCUUGUUCACGGUGCAAGGCAUAUUAGCGUCACUGACGUGUGGAUUGUGCUGCUUAAUAUAUGCAUACUGCUGUAACAAUAAAAAUGAACGAAAUAGGAAUAAAAGAACAAUAUCGAAGGUACACGGAGACACCUACGUUGAGAGCGCAACAACUGUCUUCAAAAAAAGUAAGGUCGAGAAAGAGGCGGGAAGUAAAAGUGUCCAUGAAGAUGCGGCGACUCACAUAGAGCAGGGAGUAGAGGAUGGGGCAAGAAAUACAAAAGCAGAGAGGACUCAUCUAAGAUGUGGUAAUGGCAGCGGAAUGAGCCACAAUGAUAAUUAUUGCAAGCGAAAUGGAAGUGCAAAAGGCGAUAGGACAGGUACCAUCCCAAGGCAGAAGUCGAUCCAAGAGAAUUAUUGCCACAGAAGAGAGAGUAAGAUGGAAUUGGGUGUAUCCAAUGAGAAAAACGGUGAAAUGGAUAAAGGCAAUGGUGAAGAAGAAAGAUCAUGUAGAAACAACUGUGAAGGAGUACCCCUAAACAUGAGAAAUGCAAACCAAUAUAAGGACCUCCCUGUGGUAGGUAUAAUCCCUAGGAAUAAUUCUGUACCUUACGAUGGCCGUAUAAUAGAAAAAAAUGAAAAGUGUGAAAAUUUCCAUAAUGCCGAAGCAGGAGGAAGUGACAGACACCCCAAUUGGAGCAAUGAACGUAAAGAGAUUUUCAAGAGUGACUCAAACAAUAUGAUAAACAUGGUUGUGCCCCCAAACAGAGGCCAGAUAACAAGAGGAGAAGAACAGAAGCAGCAGCUGCCAAUAUCCAAUCAGUGUAGGAACAACUUUAAUCCACACUGUAUAGAUUCGCACAUAUCGUCUAAUGGUUAUGGGGAAGAGGAUAACAAAAGAAUUUUGAAAAUAAUGCAAGCGGGGGAAAAAAAUAUGCUAAGUAGCAAGAACAAUAUGAGUAUUACUGUCAAUAGGGUUGAAGCAAAAAAUAAUGCCAUAUGUGGCCUUAGAGAGGAAGACGCCGUUCAGGUGGCCGCAGAAAGGGAAGACCAGCAUGCCUAUAGUAGGAGUGUUUUAGACAGACAAAUGGUGUACUACCCCAACGAUGAUGUUUUCAGAGUCAAGUCGGAGACGUUGAUUCGGAGCUAUCCGGUCCACAGUGGAGCCAGCGGAAGUGCGCACAAGGGCAUGAAUAAAUAUUGCCCCGACACGUGCUCAACCAGGAGAAGAAAUUGCCCCGAACCACACAACCAUUUUACACAGCGCAAAAUGAACGGUUGUGAAGUUUUUGAAGACGAAGAAGAAAAAAGCAAAUGCAGGCACUACGAACAUGUGAACAAUUAUACUCCCUCGAAAUGUAUAAACUGUCCUCAUAACGAAGAAAGCACGAAUAGGUCAUUUGUAAAAUGUGAAAAAAAUGUUGUGCACAAUUGGGAUAAGAAUGUACCCAAUGGUAGGGAACAGCCAAGUGUAGAAGGGAACAGGCGCGUAGUCCCAGUGAUCCACAAGGACAAAACAUAUUCAGCUUCAUCAGAAUAUAACAAGUACAAGUACAACGAUGUUUCUAUGAAUGAUACUCUUUAUAGGAGUAGGGAACCAUUUCAUGAUAUGUCACACUUCAAUAAUGAGAAGGAAAUUAAAAGUAUUAUUGAAAAUUGUAGAGUAGAAGAACCAGGUACUCUGUCAUACGAUAACGACAAGGCGACUUACGACAAGCAUAUUCUUAGCAACAAUAAUGGAGAAACUUCCCGUAGGGUUCGCAAUGUGGGGCAUUAUGAUGCAGGGAAGGGGUUCAACCCCCGGAAUCCUCACUUGUCAAAUCAUAUGUCCACAAAUUUGAUAUGUGGAGACAGGACAAAAAGUGUAGCCUCAUAUGGAUUAGCUUAUAACCAAGGCGAAAAUGUUAGUGCAUGUGAAGGUGAAGAGACGCCCCCCAAACGAAGUUCCCCCCGUUUGGGUCGCUUCAUAAGUGCGCAAAAUUUUGCAUGCAAACGGAGAACGAAAGACCGGGAGGGGAAAAUGUCACAGGGCAAUAGGAACAACGACAACGGUAACAAUGAUAGCAGUAAUGACAUCCAUGGCAAACGCAGUAGCAAUCACAACAACGGUGGAGAGGACCACACAAAGGAAACAAUGUAUUACACCAGGGGGCAGAGCAUGAAGAGCAGCAUGAUCGAUGCAGUUGAAAUGGCCACGAAGGUACCCACAAACAGUUGCACGCACACCAACAAAACGAAAAGCGAUGCUAACAAUUGUGCACAUUGUUCCCCCUUAGAUGAAGAAAAAUUGGAAAAUCCAAAAAAAAAAUAUUACUACCAACUCCCACGCGAUCAUCACCUGGGCAUCACAGAAUGUCUACCAUGUAAAGAAGGAACACAUAUGUGUAAAAAUAAUAACUGCCCUUCUGAUAGCAAUUAUACAAAACAGAGAAAUGAUAAAGAAAAUAAUGUAUACUUAAAAAAGAGUUUACCAGAUGAGCAUGUCUGCUCCGCUAACAAAUGCAACAGCAACAGUUGGUUCCCGCAUUGCACAGAAAAGAUAAGUGGCAAGAAUGAAUCCUUUUUCCACCCAAUUAAGUUUGAGAAGAACACUAAGAUGCGUGAUAUUAGUGAGAGCUUCUCACAGCACACUUCGUACAAGGCGCGUCCAUUCAUUAUGAGCAAGGGGCUUCAACAGGGGGGGCCGAAAAUGGUAACCAAGUGUGAAUUCAGCGAUGAUAUUUACCCCUUAACAGAUGACAACGCUGAUUACGAUGGAGUGGAGAGCAGUUGCAGGGGUGGCCGCAGAAGUGGCAAUGCAAGCGGCGUUCGAAGCGGAAAUGUAAGCAGCCUCCUCAGCGGCAGCAUUAAUUUGGGCGAACGAUGCGGCAAUGACAAACAAAAGGCGCGCCUCAACCGAAGGGAAGAAACGGCGAUCCCUAUCCCCCUGAGCAACGAUGAACUAGCCAGUGGCAGAAGACGCAGAAAAAAAGGUACCAAAAGGAGAGGAAACAACUCCAAAGAAGAAAUGGAUAAUCAGUCUAACACACCACAAUUGACAAAUGUGAACGAAGGGAAAUUAAGACAAAAGGAACCAAGUGAGUACAAGAGCAGCCAAGAUAUUAACCAAAUAAUACAUGCCUAUUUGCAAAACUCGAAGAAGGAAUAUAAUUAUAGCAGGUCAGAUAAAUCGGAUAGAGAAAUGAAUCACGUGACAGAUAAGUACAACCACGAGGGGAUGCAUUCUCAUGGGUAUGUGAGCCAAAUCAGAAAGAGCAAAAAAAAGGAUUCAAAUGAUAACAUGCGUUAUGACUCCUGUCGCACAAGAGUGGUUGGAAAUAAAAAAGGACAAAACGGAAGGGAUAACGGUGUGGGUCUCGCGCAAGGGGAAAUAACGAACAGUAAGAGUUCCUCUAGAGCAAGGAAUACACACGAGAAGAGCGCACAGAACGAACAGACCCACCAAGAGGAAAAACCAACGGAGGAAGACGCCGCGACAAGUAGAGAUCGAAUGGAAAAUGGAAACAUACAAGUGAAACGCGAAAAAAGUGACAGAAAGGUUCUUAUUAAGAAGGAAAAAGACGUUCGCAGUGGGAACCAAACGGUAAGGAGAAGCGCCAGAAUGAAGAGCGAACAAUAUAAAAAAAAAAAAAAAAGCAUUGACAGUGAUAUGCAUGUAGAUACCCAAAAUGUGCAGGAAGAGCUACAAAGGGAGAGUAGUAAGAACAAGCAAAACAGUGUAAGUGACAAUAACAAAGUGAUGGAGAAAAAAAACAAAAAAAUGUCCAAAACGAAGACCAUGGAGUUAAAAAUAUUCAGAGAUAAAAACAUAUUAAAGGAAAAAGAAAAUUUAAAAAGGACGAAUGAAAAAUAUAAAGAGAUUGAUGAGUACAGAUGUGCUUCAGGAUUAGUAAACUUCAUAAUUGAACAUAUACAAAAAAAAAAAGACAAGGAAAACUUUGAUGAUUUAUUAAAAUAUAUUUUAAAAUUAAUAAAUAUUUACAAAAUUAAAACGAUUGAUUUUGUGGAAGCCUUUUUACUACUCGAAACGAUCAAUGUUAACAUAAUCACGGAAUACCCAAUUGAGGAGUGGAUCUUGGUGACCUUUCAUUUCCUUAAAGGAAAUACAAUAGAACAAAAUUUUAAUUUAAUUAUUAAAUCGCUAAAGUUAAAUAGUGUAGUCAUUGGAAAUGUCACAGCUUCGUUCUAUAUGAACAAAAAGACGAUCAGAAUGACAGAGAAAAAUAUGAACAGAAUUCUUACCAUUUUGUCAAAUGUUGUGAGGAGAAGAUCCUCCAGGAUUAAAACGUUUAACCGACCGAACCAGGACAAAAGGGCCAAGGAGGAUCAACAGAAGGAUGAGCUUUUAGGCUCUUGCUGGCAGCCAGUGGAGGGGGGCGCGCAGGGAAAGUAG